AUGGAUGGCUUUGAGAUUGAGAGGCUUGGUUUUGAAAGGAGAGAAGAAGAAGUGGAGAAGAUCCCGAUGGACUUUGCUCCCUACAACAACAACAAUGAGGUAGCAAUGAUGAGAAGAAUGAAUUACCUUCUAGGAAUGAACUUGGGGAAGACUGUGAAAAAGCUGAUUAUUCAAGACCUAAUAAUUCCCACUACCACACCACCUUUUGGGCUAGGCUAUAAGCCCAUGGAUGAUGACUUGUUAGAGAUAAAAGAGGCUUGCCAGCAUGCAUUGAAGAGCCUGUAUGAACUAAGAGCCAAUGAUGAAGAUGAGGAAGGGGGAGCAGCCCCUGGUAAUGAUGAUGAAGGAAGUGAUACCGAGAGUAAUUGUAGUAGUGAUAGUAGCAACAAUGAUAGUGGACAUGAUGAUGAUGACAGCAACAACAAUAGUGAAAGCAACAAUAGUGAAGACUAUGAUGGCCAAUACAUUGGCAAUGACUGGGGCGAACCCCCUAGUGAUAGAGAAGAUGAAGAUGUAGUUCUUUUCUAUGAAGAAUAUAAUGAUGAUGUAGAAGAUAUUGAAGAUGAUGCCAAAGCUAACAGGUGGAGUGACAUUGAUAGUGACCAAUAUAGGCUGAUAAAUGUAUUAGAAGAUGCAAGAGAGGAGGUUGGACAACCCAGUGGUAUGGACUAUGAUGAUUACCCCAAUAGGCACCCUUCAGAUUGGAGCUCUAUCACUGAAGUUAGCUCAAGGUUUGGUCCUCCAUAUGACAAGCAUGGAAGAGAGAUUCUGAAAUUGGGGUUGUAUUAG